GCAGGCCAGGAUUCAGUGCUGAGACUCCUGUGUGAGAGAGAGAGAGAGAGAGAGAGAGCGAGAGGAAAGUGUGAGCACGUGAACGGUGAGAAGCGAGCGCUAUAGCUUGAGGAGAAAAUUGCAUUUAACACGAGUGACUCAGUUCUGCGGUGUCAGGAUUAGUUCGAACACAGUUCAAGAACGCCGCCAACUCCAGCCUGCAUCGCACAUCUUUGGCUCUCUGUCAUGCUGUGUGCUGAAUGUGGCGCUGUCUGCCGUCGUGUUAUGGCUGAGGUAAGAUACCUGCAUCACGAGCCCGACUGCUGCUCUGUCUCCUUUAGCUGACAGUCACGUUUUUUUUUGUGAGGUGUUGCCGGUGCAAAGUCGGCGGCUAAGAAGAAGAAGAAGAAGAAGAAACUCGGGUGCCUCUCUGGUCUGUGUGGAGCUAAGUGAUACCUGCAGGCCCGGACGACGGCAUCGCACCAGGUUCUCAUAGCACCGACUCUGGAUACCACGGCCACCGGUUAGAGCACAACCCCAGGGGCAUUAUCAUUGGAGGCAAUCUUUCUGGAGCCGGCAUGCCACCCGUCACUGAUCAACUGGCAUCAAGAACUAACCAACAUGGCGUUAUUGGAAGGUAUCGUGACUUCCAUGGCUGCAGGGACAACAGGAGCCAUGCUUUUUUCACAAGUUACCAGGAGCAGGCCCACGCCUCCUCCACCGACUCAUCCCGAGACCUCGGCAGCCAGAUGAUGCUGGGUUUACCUGGCGACCUCCUCACCCGGACUUACCCCUAUGGCCAAACCAUCAGCCCCAAGGGAAACAGCCAGCAGCUUGUCACACAAUUCCUGGGUCUGUACAAACCUCUGAACAUGGCAAUUCAGCGAGGAGGCGGCGACGCGUUCCUCAGAUGCUCUAAACAAACAGUGAAGCAUGAGCUGGUGUGCAAGUGGAGUGACGGCCAAGAGGGGGCCGGGAAGCUGCGGUGUUGUUCCAGAGCCUUCGGGACCAUGUAUGAACUUGUCACCCAUGUGACAGUGGAGCAUGUCGGAGGACCCGAGCACUCCGAGUAUGUGUGUCACUGGGAGAACUGUGCGCGGGACAGGAAGCCUUUCAAAGCCAAAUACAAGCUGGUGAACCACGUCAGAGUGCACACAGGGGAGAAGCCCUUUCCGUGCCCCUUUCACGGCUGUGAGAAAGUUUUUGCAAGAUCAGAGAAUUUAAAGAUCCACAAGAGGACUCACACAGGUGAAAAACCUUUUAAAUGUGAGUUCGAGGGCUGCAACCGGAGGUUCGCGAACAGCAGCGACAGAAAGAAGCACUCGCACGUGCACUCCAGUGAUAAACCCUACAUGUGCAAGGUCAGGGGCUGCGACAAGUGCUACACGCACCCGAGCUCCCUGCGAAAGCACAUGAAGCUCCACUGCAACAAGACGCACGACGCCGCCAAAAGCGUCGACGACGCGACUCCCGGUGACGGGGGUCACGACGCUGAAGCCAGGUCGACCCGAGUUCCCGACGGAGCCCAGAUCAGCCCCGCUCACCCCCCCACCGCCACCACUCACGCUCACGAUGUCCCGCUGUCCCCAGAGAGUCGAGACCAGUCGACCCCGAGGUCACGUUUCCAUCACACGUUUGACAGCAGUUUGGACUACUCCGCUCACAGGUCACAGCCUCUCCUGGAGCCUUUGUUGCUGCAGAGAGGCAGCUACAGGUCCCAGGCCUCGCAGUAUCCGUGCGGACAGACGGGCCACACGUUCGCCCAGAGCCCGAGGACUUUCCCCUCCACGUCCUCUUUUCAAAAAAGCAUCGUCAAUGGAUGGUACACAUGCCACAGUGGCGUGGACUCGUUCCAACACAAUAACAUCCCGUCUCUCUGAGUGUCCCCGGUUGCAGGGCCUCAUGUGGACCACUUUCAUUAUAUGGGCCUAUACCUUUUUUUUUCUCUCCCC